AGAGGAGCCGGUCCUCCUCCCCGGUCCCCGCCUCCGUCGGAGGGCAGGCGUUGGCGUUAAUCAGAAGCGAGGAUGUGUUUACAGGAUGUGAGUUGAGUUCUUGCCGCCUUUACCUUCUGAGAGCUUCUUAUGCCUUAUGGUGACAGGCGCACAUCUUUACACUAAAGGGCAGUAUGAAGCCAGUAAAAAAAAAGAAAACCGAAGAACCCGAAUUGGAGCCCCUUUGCUGUUGCGAGUACAUAGAUCGAAAUGGGGAAAAGAACCAUGUGGCUGCUUGUUUGUGUGAUUGUCAGGACCUCGAUGAAGGCUGUGACAGAUGGCUCAGCUGUGAGUCAGUGCGCCCAGAGACUUGCGAGAGACUCACAGACACCAUUUCUGAUCGCCUCCGAAUCCCUUGGCUCAGAGGAGCCAGAAAAGUUAAUAUUAGCAUCGUCCCUCCACUCGUGCUUUUGCCAGUUUUCCUUCACGUGGCUUCCUGGCACUUCCUGCUGGGGGCGGCGGUUCUGACCUCCCUCCCCAUGCUGGCGCUUUGGUACUACUACCUCACGCACAGAAGGAAAGAGCAGACGCUCUUCUUCCUGAGCCUUGGACUGUUCUCCCUGGGCUACAUGUACUUCGUGUUCCUGCGGGAAGUGGUCCCCAAAGGGCACGUGGGGCCCACCCAGCUGGCUCUUCUCACCGGCGGUUUAGUUCUGAUACUCUUAGCCUUGUACCGAGCCAAGAAGAAUCCAGGCUACCUCAUCAACCCAGCACGCAAUGACAAAUCCCCAAGCAACAGCCCAAUCGAAUGCCCAAUUCAGAAAGGGCAGGAAAAGACCAAAGGAUUCUCUGCGACAGAUGCCUCGGGGAGCCUCAACAACCGCACACCGAAGGAUGAUAGUAAGGGCUCCUCCAGGGUGGGCCUCGACAGCCCUGCCAAAGUCAAGGAAGACUGGUGUGCCAAGUGCCAGCUGGUACGACCCGCCCGGGCAUGGCAUUGCCGGAUAUGUGGUAUCUGUGUAAGGAGAAUGGAUCAUCAUUGUGUCUGGAUAAAUAGCUGCGUUGGAGAAUCAAACCAUCAAGCAUUUAUACUUGCCCUUUUGGUCUUCCUGCUCACUUCGGUGUACGGGAUAUCGCUGACCUUGAACACCAUUUGUAGGGACAGAAGCCUCUUCACAGCCCUCUUCUACUGUCCCGGAGUUUAUGCUCAUUACAGCUCGGCUCUGUCCUUCACCUGUGUGUGGUACUCUGUGAUCAUCACAGCGGGCAUGGCCUACAUCUUCCUCAUCCAGCUAAUAAACAUCAGCUACAACGUGACGGAGAGGGAAGUGCAGCAGGCCCUUCGCCAGAAGACCGGGCGCCGGCUCCUCUGUGGGCUCAUCGUGGACACAGGCCAGUACAACAGGGGCUUCCUGCGCAACUGGCUCCAGUUCUCCACCCUGGGCACACACACUGUCCACAGCCUGGCUGAGGACAUUGUCUGAAGUGCCUUCCGAGCAGCUCUGAGGGCCGCUCCUCUGCCAGCAUAUCACACGGCCAUGCAGGACUCAUCUUCAUUGCCCGCUUCUCAGAGGUUCCGUAGGGCUAUGCUCAGGUUUGGAGAGAGGACUGAAGAAAGGGUCAUUUUCCUUCUGCUUUCUUAAGGGAUUUUUAAUAAUGAAGCAGUUAGAGCAGAGCCAUUUCUUUAGUGUCGCCUUGUUGACUCAGAAACUGGAAGCUGCAAAGAGGGUGUGGAUUACUCACCACACCCAGAAGGCGUUUCCGCCCAUUUAUUUGUAUGAGGAAGUUAGUUAGAACCAGGAUAGUUCCUAGUCCUUUCAGUUCUUAACAGCCAUAUGACCCCUCGGUAGAGUCACUUUUCCCAAGUCUCAGGUUCUUCUGUGUGGGGGCUUCUGCCCGGCUACCUCUGGAGCAGCCACGAGGACGACCUGAGGAGGGGUGUAGAAAGCACUCCUGUCCAACUCAAGCCCUCAGGGGUAUCAGUAUUAUUAGGAAAUCCCUAUGGCUGAAGUAAACUGCUUGUAGAUCAAAAUGUUGAAGCCAAUACUAUUAAGACAAUCAGUCUGUACAGUCGUGGAAAUUCUUUUUAAGUGUUAGAGCUUGUUCUCACAGGUUGGAGAGGACAAGAGUUGAACAAUGCUGGCCAGCUCGUCUUGAGAAGGACAGCUGAGGAAAAUGACAACUGCUAUCUGUGCAGUGUGUAGUGGGCCGAAAUUUAGGUGACAAAUGUGUAUGUGUUAAUGUAUCACUUUAGAUUUAUAUAAUUCUAACAAUAUUCCCCCUCCUUCCACGCUCUACCUGGCGAGGCACUGGCAUAUUGAUGACAGUGGCUGGAAGGAGAGGAGGCUGCCCUGUGAGAACAUUUUCCCUUUUUCCUGGCUGAUUAAUACCAAGGGCUUGGUUUUUUUUUUUUUUUAUUGUUUGUGUAUGUCUAGUGCUGUAGGUUUACAGCACUAAAUGGGACCAUGAGUCUGGCACGAACUCUGCAGGGUGACAGCUUCCCCAUCCACAUUGCUGCUCAUUCACCCUCCCUACACAGCAGUAUCUCACUAGGAGAGAAAAACAGGGUAACAUACUUUCCAACACUGAACAGAAUGCUGCUUUCUAGCUCUUCCCAGGAGCUAAAUUGUUCCUUUUUGUGUCUCAGAACUGAAGCUUAGGGAAGAGUGUAGCUUUCUGUAGAAUGGGCCAUCUUUCUGCCGCCGAGAUGGCGAUUCCUAUGAGGAAAACUCCCUCCGGAAGUCUUUAGCUUUUACACACGCACUGUUUCUUGGAUCCCAAAGAUCAAAGAUACUUUGUGAGGCCUUACAUUUACCUUGGCCUUGUAGCUUCACAGAGGGGAAAGAGUGUGUCGUGUUUGCUGCUGGUGUCUGCCGCUCUGUGCCUGCAUGUACUCACUGAGAGGAAAUGCCCCUGCUGCUUGCAGUUGUCCUGCUCUUCAUGACAGGCGCCACCCUUAGACGUGCUGUUAACCAGGGCUCCACCAAAGACAGGUGCCAUGUUUAUCCAGCUCUGUCCUUGCUUCCCCAGAGAUCUAUUGUUUAAUGAAUAAUAGACUCCAUAUUCUACUGGGGUAAGCCAGAGAGCGAGCCUGGGGAUGCUCGCUGGCUGCAGUUUCUAUGGUGAUGCCUGUCUCUGGCCCAGGCUCGAGCAUUCAUUUGGAAUGAAAGUUGGCUGGAUACAACUAAUUUCUCUCUGUGUGGGUUUUAGGUAAAGGAGAUGGUAGUAAUGUCAAAGACAGCAUAUGUGGGCAGAAAUUAGUAGUUUUUAUGUCUCUUGAAUGCAAGGUAUGUAGCCAUCUCUGAACAGCUGUGCGAGUUUACAGAAAGUCUAUAGUCAGCGCUUGCACCUGACACAUCUUCAGCAGCAAUGCAUUUGUGAUGUGAAGGUGAACACUGCACCAAGACGCGUCACUGGGAGAAUGAGGAAACCACCGUCUUUCUCAGAGCUCACUACUUAAGGGGCAUGUGGUUGAGGACACUCAGUUCCCCGCACAUGCAUGGGGACUCCCUGUUGGCUUUGUGGUUCACUGGAAUUAAGCAGCCUAAGUUUCCUUUCUUUUUAGAUUUUAUUUUUAUUUAUGUGUGUCUGUGUGAAUGGUGUGUGUGUGUUGUGUGUAGUGUGUAUAUAUGAAUUGGUGUGUGAAUGGUAUGUGUAUAUGAAUGGUGUGUGUUGUGUGUGUGUCUGGGUGGAUGAUGUGUGUGUGUGUGUGUAUGUGAAUGCUGUAUAUGUGUCUGUGAAUGGUGUGUGUGUGUGUCCAUGUCCAGAAGAGCUCACCUGGGGUUACAGGCAGCCAUGAGCCAGCUGACAUGGGGACUGAGAACUGAUCUCAGGUCCUAGAAGAGCAGCUGUGCUAAUUGCAGAGUCAUCUCUUCAGCCCCACAGCUGAAGUAUAUGGAGAAUUUUGGUGGUUUGCAGAAGGAAGCUCAAAACUGUAAGAAGAUCCUUGCUUUGUGGAUCUUUCAAGCCUUCUCAUUCACCCUUCCUUACACACAAGUAUCUCACUAGGAGUGAAAAACAGGGUACAUGCACUUUCCAACACUGUACAGAAUACUGCUUUCUAGCUCUUCCCCGGAUCUAAAUUGUUCAUUUGUGUCUCAGAACUGAAGCUUAGGGAAGAUUGUAGAUUUCUGCAGAAUGGACCAUCUUUCUGCCACUGAGAUGGGAGAUUCAUAUGAGGAAAACUCCUUAAAGUGUUUGCUUUUUACACAUGUACUGUUUCUGGGAUCCCAAAGAUCAAAGAUAAUUUUUGAGACCUUAAAUUCGCCUUGCCUUGCUGCUUCACAGAAGGGAAAUAGGAAACGUGCACUCAGUUUUGGAAGUGUGUUUCUAGGCGGCAGCAAUCCAGGGCUGUCCACAGCAGCCUCCUGUAGGCCCUAGGAUAUCUCUAGCAUAUAUUCCUAGACUUUUGAGCCUUCUUAGGAACUUGAUUGUGGGAUUUUAUUAUAGGCCUUGGUAUCCUCCAGACAAUAAGAGAUUUAACUGGAGUCUUUAACAGGGCAAGGUCUUUGCAAGUGGGCUGUCCCAAACAUCCAUAGGUAAGCCAGCAGCCCCUUGACUGUGGGAGCAAGUGCUCCCACAUGGAUUCCAGAUAAGCAAGUCCUCUUUCGCUGUCCUCCUUCUGAGCUUCCUGAAUCCACCCUGUCCUGGUCCUGACGUUACUACCACACCAUUAUGUACAUUCCCACCAAAGAGGGCCGGUCCUGCUUUUGAAGGAGUCAAGGGAGAAACAUUAAGGGUCAAGCCUGGAGGAAAGGAGAAGUCCCUUCACUAGUAGAAGCAUUUCUUAGCAACUUGCAAAGUACUGUGUAGGUCACCCUCACUGCCUCAUCGGCAGGCUGCUCCGACGCCGCGAAAAUGAAGCCUUAAAUGUGUUCUGGGGACAGUGCUGUCUGUCUCCUCAGCCACAAAGUUGCUAGGAUAUUGCAAAUCUCUGCUCUGCAAGUGGCGUUUUCCUUUGGUGAAUGCGCUGUCAUCCACUGUACCAUCUGCCUAGAAGGAAGACUGCUGUAAACUUUCUCUUAUGCAAUAGUCCUUGGUACUUCUAACAUUUUUAACAAGAGAAAACUUUGUAUACUAGAACCUUCCACUGCCAGAAAAACACAAUGCCAGUAAGAGUCUGUGUAAUACCGAUAUCUGCCUGACAGACUUCCUUUGGGUAGGACAUCAGCUUUUUAUCAUAGAGCUCAACUGACAGAAGCAAAAAGCUGUAGAUUCACAGCUUUGACCAUAGAGCUUCAAAGUAAUGCUUUGUAUACUCACGCAUCUCUUUAAACUAGCGAAGUGGGUUCCUGUGACGUCACUUCCCAUUAGCCAUAUUUUGGUACCCUGCCUCUCGAAAAGGAGUCUUCUCAGACAAGCAGUGCACGUGACUUGAGCUGGAGGUGCCUGCUUGGAGCAUGGUUUGCUCAGCAGUUGGCAAGUGGGCAAGAAUGAAAACUACGCUAACUACACUGAACACCAAAUGAAACUCGGUUUGUUCUUGUGUUUGCUGAGAUUCAUGUACCCGUUCUGAAGAAGUGGCCAAACGGAGUCCUGAUUCCGUGGGCGGCCAUCUGCACCUGACCUGGCUUAAGUGUUUCGCUGCAGGAACAUCCAGCUGGAUGGCAAGCACAGCACAUGACUCUCUCCACGUGGUGCUUGGGAUUCUUCAGUCCUGGAGCCCUCCUGGUGGCACUUUUCACCUUUAAAAGUUUAUUAUUUAGAAGGCAAAGCUUUAAAGCCAAUUAGUCUGUUCUAAUGAUACAAAUGAAAUUUUGAGUUUCUUCAGGCAAAGCUACUGACAAGAUGCUAUAUAAGAGCGGCGAGAUCAUGCAUAAUGCCAGGGUCUAGGUGAUUAGAUGGUUGGCUAGGUCUUUGGGUCCUUUUUUUUUGAUCUAAUUUCUGGGUCUGAUGUUCGACUAAGUGAAACCCAGGAAUGAGUUUAAUAGUAAGUUCAAUGUUUAAUAUGGAUGACCCAACAACAUGAAGUGGGAUUCCUCAAGCCAAGCUGGAGGCCGAGGGGUGGACACUGCACCCUUUUUGUACCUGUAUCUUACCACCUCAGACUCAGACAAGGACUUUCAAAUGGAGGUUUUACAAACUACUGCCGUUUGUGUCCCGUGAGACAUUGUUUAAAGGAAAAUAAAAGUGCUUUCUUCUACGGAAA